AAUGUAUUUAAUCAAUUUUCAGUGUAGUCUUCGUGAAGAACAUGUCAUCAGAGAGUUGCGAAGCUUUUGUUAAAGAAUAUAUAACGAACAAUCAAAUGUUUCGAAAAAUAAAGAAUGCAAAAGCAUUAAUAGAUAAAAAUUACUAUACUGCCAAGCACACAAUAGAGAAAACUGUAGAUGAGGUUGAGUCAGUUAUAUUACAUAAUUUAGAAGUAAUUUUUAAAAGUAAACUAGAAUUUUUAAAAAACUUGGAAAAGAAAUUCGAAAAUUUUUCAAGUCCGGAAGAUGCUGCUAAAACGUCUGAAUACGAAGAUAUUUCUGAAAUAUCUGAUUUCGAUAGUGACAUUGAAUGUUGUGCUGAAUUAGAGUUCAAAUCAGAAAACCCAUCGGACGCUAAAUAUUACUUUGGCUAUAUUAAAUGCUUUCCACCUAAACCAGAAGAUUUCACUUUGAUAAUUGUACAAGAAGAAUUCGAUAUUGGAAAAGAAUUUACUGUUUGUGCUAAAAGCGAAAAAGAUUGGUGUCCUUCUCUGAUAUCUUCGCUUUUCGGAUUUAUGAAAGAUGAAAGUGGAAGAGAAAAGGUGGCUGAAAUUGUUGAUAAACAAGAUGGUUCCUAUAUUUUCUCCUUCCGCUUGGAUAAAUAUUCCAAAUACUUCAUAGAAAUAAUGCUCUAUGGUCGUCCUAUCAAAAAUAGCCCUGUUGCUAUAGAUAUAAAAGCAAACGAAAACAAGUUAAGAAAUAAAAACUUGACAAAUAUAGAAGACAAGAAUUCUAUAAAAUCCUCUCUAUCUUGUUUGGGUGAUGUAAAUAAACGUGAUAGAAAUCUAAAUGAAGAUGAAUCGUUGAAAAGUUUUAUUGAGCAGAAAAGUCAAUGCUCUCCACUUGAAGGAGAAAAACCGGCUUCUGCCAGUACGCUUUAUAGUGAUAAAAUAGAAAAGAAUGAAAAUAAAGAUGCCAAAUACAAUUACGAAGAUUGGUUUGAAGAUUGGUCCGGUACGAAUGAAAAUUAUAAAGCGAAUGAAAUAUUGUUGCAUGACGAAAAACCAGAGAAUGAUAGAAUAAUUCCUUCGGUUAAUGCUCGUUUACUUGCAAUUAUAUCCGAAAGCAGCGGUGUAAAUCUAAACUUUCCUUUUGGAAUCGAAGUGAAUUGCAAUAAUGACAUUAUUAUAUGUGAUACAGGACAUAAUUUAGUAUGGAUCUUGGAUGAAUAUGGAAAACCUAAAACUUCAUUUCAACAAGCAAAAGAAGGAGUCAUGUUUAAAAAACCGUCAUCAGUUGCUGCUACUGUAGAUGGCAAUAUUGUUAUUAGAGACGAUAAUGGUCUUUAUUUGUUCAAUCGUGAUGGAAACUAUAUAAGAAGUUUUGAAGACGAAUUACUUAAAAAACCAUUUGGUAAAUCUCUUUAA